AUGCACGUUUGGCAGUGCUUUGGUGGUCAGGGCCACCUCUGCAAGGGAGAAGAGCUGUUGACUGGACUGCCGGAGCACCUUUCCGGAGUUUGCAGGCAUGUUGGCCGCGUCGCCCGGUCGAGCCUAGCCCAGGCUUCUCCAACAGUCCGGGGAUAG